CCUCUUAUCGCUUCCCACCGUCUCCAUCUACUUUAUCCAUAACCCAUCAUCUCCACUGCCUCCACUGAGCCCCCUCCUCUCUCAUUCCCUCCCCUCCAUCUCGGCGCCAAUGGCCGCCACUGCCCUCUCCUUCUCCCCACCCCUCUCUUCUCCUCCCUCCCCCAAGCCCACCUGUCUGUUCCUUAUAUCCUCUUCUUCUUCUUCUUCUUCUUCUUCCUCCUCGUCUUUGCCUUCUUUUGCUCUGCAAAUCAUCCAAUCGAGAACCUUAUGUCGACCGAUUCUGUCCAGGAAACCCUACCCUCAAUUUGCAGUAGCUGCGGCUCCUGCUGAAGCUGUCCUCGUUGAGGAAGACCAGAACGAGGCUGAUGUGGCGGCCGCCGUUGAUUCACCUCCCCCUACAAAGCCGAAGACCGGCAAGGCCGCGCUGCCGCUUAAGAGAGACCGCAGGCGGUCCAAGCGGUUCUUGGAGAUCCAGAAGCUCAGGGAGAACAAAAAGGAGUAUGAUGUUCCUACUAGUAUAGCUUUGGUCAGGCAGACGGCGAAUACUAAGUUUGUGGAGUCUGUGGAGGCGCAUUUCCGGCUUAAUCUUGAUCCUAAAUACAACGACCAGCAACUGAGAGCUACUGUGAAUUUGCCUAAGGGAACAGGGCAGAAAGUUAAAGUAGCUGUUCUCACUCAAGGUGAAAAAAUUGAUGAAGCUAAAAAUGCUGGAGCUGAUAUUGUGGGUGGAGAGGAAUUGAUUCAACAAAUUAAGGAAGGAUUUAUGGAAUUUGAUAAAUUAAUUGCUUCUCCAGAUAUGAUGCCUAAGGUUGCCAGUUUGGGGAAACUAUUAGGUCCACGUGGACUUAUGCCAAAUCCUAAAGCUGGUACUGUCGCGACAGAUAUACCACAGGCUAUCCAAGAAUUCAAAAAAGGAAAGGUUGAGUUUCGAGUGGAUAAAACUGGGAUUGUUCAUCUGCCUUUUGGAAAAGUAAACUUUCCGGAUGAGGAUCUUAUUGUAAACCUGAUUGCUGCAGUUAGAUCUGUUGAAGCCAACAAGCCUUCUGGUGCCAAAGGAGUUUACUGGAAAAGUGCACAUAUUUGCUCAUCAAUGGGGCCCUCAAUAAGGUUGAAUAUAAGAGAAAUGCUUGAUUACAAGCCCCCAACAACAACCUAGACUGUUAUUUAACAAUUGUAAAGCAUGCUUUUAUCGUUUGUAGUCUUCCAUUAUCCUCAGAAGCAGUGGAACUUAAAGGAUGUAAUUUAGUUCAGUUUUCAUUACUAAUGUGAUGGUGAAUAACAUUGUGCUUUGCAUAAAGCUAGUGUUGGUAAUGUUUGUAAGGUUUUUGUUUCGGGGUAGGUAUUCUGUAUCGAGAGGCAAAACCAUAGUGAUGUUUACCAGGCUAUUCAGGCCUUGUUUUUUUUUGUUGAUUUGGAUGGCUUGUUUUGCAAGGGGGGUCUAAAUUUAUUUAUUUUUCA